AUGGCCCAACACUACCACCAGCCACCAGUCACCACUCUCAACGGGCACCUCCAGUCGCCGCCCAUGACGCCCAGCCCCGAAGCCCACAGUCGCUUCCCACCCCCACCACGCCAGCCCUCUCCACAGUACAAGCGCAUGGCCAGCUGCGUCCAGACACCGCCCCUCGAGUACAUCGAGCCCACUGGCUUCAACCACCAAUUCAGCUUCACCCGCCCCCAAUCAUGCGAGCCAUGCUCCCGCCCGUCCUCGGACUCUGACCGAGCCUUCGCUGCCACCACCUGCGAAGAUUCCGAGUUCGAGUGCGACUCUGACGACGAGAAUUACUCGGACCAGGAAAGCGAGCCGGAAGAGCAGCCACCCCUGCGCCGCGUGGAAAAGGCCCAAUUCAUCCUCGAAGAGCUGGACGACGACCCUGGCUACGACUGUGAUGUAGAGGUACUCCAGCCGGACCAUUGCGAAGACGCAAAGAGCGAAAGGAACGGAGUGAAAGCCGAGAUCUUCGCCAGAAUGAACGAAUUGCAGCUCGAGGAAGACUCGUCAGACGACGAGAAGCGGGUGCUCAAAUACCGACAGAAGAAAAAGCGGUGGAGCGCCGGCAUCUUCAAAAAACGCAGCUACAGCCAGAGCGUUGAAGGCGAUAGCGACUACUCCGACAACGACCCCCUGGACGACAUGGACCCAAGCGCACGCCGGCUUCGUCGACGUGUACGCGGGCCAAGAAGAGAGUCGCUGAUCUUCGUAGAUCGGGGCGUCCCAAACACCAACAACAUCCUCGAAGUCGAGGAACCCGAAGAAGGAAUAGUGCUGCACUCAAAAGGCCCGCCCUCCAUCCCCAGCGACGACGGCUUCACUCUGGACGAGCUUCCCUUCUGGACAGCUCACGACAACAUCGAUAUCGAGUACAGUAUCUUUGAGUAA